AUUUUUAUUAUUUAUUAGUUAUUAAUUUGAUUUAUUGAUAAAAAUUUUCAAAAAGUUUGAAAAAAACAUGAAUACAGAGUUAGUUUUAAUCAACUUUUUGGUUGUCUUAUCAGUGGUUUGCGGUCAAGAAGUUGCCGCUCCCGAGACACCAAUGGCCAGUAUGGCUGUCAAUGUUGAGUCCAAAUCAACCAAUGAUGAGAAAGUUGCCGUCGAAGAUGUCCGAAGCAAUAACAACAAUAAUCCGCAGAGAAUAAGUAUAUCAUCGCCGGUCAUCAUCGUAGAGGCACCUAAUUUGAAUACACCAGUUGUUAUCGUUGAGGAAACUGCUGGAGCAGUGUUGGCCAACAAUACAAGACCAUUGCCCGACGGUGUCAAACGGUGUCACACAUUUCGGGAACGAUUUACUGGUCAUUGUGUAUCGUUUCCCAGAUUUUUCCGAUGUCUUCGUGAUGGAGGAGUCGUAUUCCCAGACUUUUCAGGCAAUUGUCGUCUCGAAACAGUUGCCGGUUGUUGUGUCUUCAACUUCUUUACUCAGUUGACUUCAUAAGACA